AUGAUCAGUACAGGUGCAUCCAUCCAUACAAAUCCUGCCGCCUUGUUCGGCGUGGAGGGUCAGGUCGCUGUGGUCACAGGAGGCGGCACCGGUAUUGGACUGAUGAUUGCUACGGCAUUAGAGAGCAACGGUGCUACCGUGUACAUCGUUGGACGGAGGCUUGAAGUUAUAGAAAAGGCUGCCAAGGAGAACAACAAAUUCGGAAAGCUCAUCCCGUUACAGGGUGACAUCACAUCUCGUCAGUCACUCACAAAACUCGCUGAAACUGUCAGAGCGCGCCACGGCUAUAUUGAUCUCCUUGUCAAUAAUGCCGGCAUCGCCCGCAACAUUCUGCCCGUACGAUUGCCAUCCCCUCUAGAUGGCCCUGCAGAUGCCUCCCCAUCCAUCAAGGCGUUUCAAAAUGUCCUUUGGGAUACUGGGUCACCAGCGGGCUUCGCCGAGACAUUUGAUACGAACGUCACUGCCGUUUAUUUCACUACUGUCGCCUUCCUUGAGUUGCUUCAUCUUGGCAAUCUAAGACGGGGUGAUUUACCACCUGUCAUGUCGUUGCGUCCACCGGUUAACAACAGAGAGCUCUGUGAUAGUGAUAUUUCGAAUGACUUAGACUCCGCGUCCUCCAGUCCAUCAGCAGCCUAUCAUUCCUUGCCUCCAACUCCCCCCUCACCUUUUACGUCCCUUCCUGAAGAAUUGUCCGCCUUUGAUUCUGCUCAUGCCCCGCAGAGUUGUCUUCGACAACCAACAUCUCAAGUUAUCACUAUCUCCUCAUCUGGUGCCUUUCGUAUUGAUGCGAGAAUCGUAUCUGUCUCUUACACAUUGGCAAAGAAUGCUUGCACACACCUCGGAAAACUUCUUGCCAACCUUCUGGCCGAUUGGGGUAUCCGUUCUAACGUCCUAUGUCCAGGCGUUUUUCCAAGCGAAAUGACAUCAACUCAACACCUCACACCUGCCCUUUUGGCUCAAUCUGUCCCUCUAGGGCGCGCAGGUAGCCUUUCUGAUAUUUCUGGUCCUAUUCUUUUCCUCGCUGGCCCUGCGGGAGCAUAUGUGAACGGUGCAGUAUGGUUGGUUGAUGGUGGACGAGUUGGAUCUGUUGCCAGCUCCUACCAAUGA